AGCUGAUGGCAAAGCCGGUCUGCUGUGUGAAUCAGUAUCACCAGUUAGCCCUAGAUAAACGCUUCACAAGUUUAUAUUUGAGUUUCGGCAGAGGAAGAGGAAAAUUUGGGCAACAACUCGUGCGCUGUCCUUGACAAAGCGCGAGACCGUGCCGCAUCCUUCCGUGUUAUUGUUGAGCAGGCCCGCCCAUACUCCAGAGAGCAUCUCUAGGAAACCCGGCAACAACAGACAAAAGGCUGCUGCAUAUCGCUACGGAGGUAGGCUUAUUUUUGAAAUGCCACAGUCCAGUGUGCCUGAUGAGAUGAGAACACAAGGAAACUGGUCGUUAAGACACUGACUUUUGUUUUUGUUUUGACAAUGACCUUCAUUAUGUUAUUCUGCUGCCAGCAGCACACAUAACACCUGCAAUAGUAAACCGCGGAAUUUCCACCGCCUAUUAUGGACUUUCCAGGUCAUUUCCAGCAUAUUUUCAUGCAGCUCAACCAUCAGCGUCUCCAUGCUCAGCUGUGUGAUUGUGUGGUGGUGGUUGGAUCCCAGCGCUUCCAGGCUCAUCGCUCCAUCCUGGCAGCAUGCAGCUCCCACUUCAGGGCUCUGCUGAGCUCACCUGACAGUGGGGAAGAGCCCGGAGAACCAGGAGGAGCUGACACAGUUGGAGGUGGAGGCCCCAGUGUGAUGAAGUUAGAUCCAGAGGUGGUGACACCAGAGGCCUUCACCACUCUGCUCGACAUGAUUUACACCUCCACCCUCUCCCUGGGGGCCUCCAAUGUGAUGGAUGUGCUGCUGGCAGCAUCACACCUGCACCUUAAUGCUGUUGUCAAGGCCUGCAAGCUCCACCUGUCCAGGAAAAACUUCCCUGCAUCGCCUCCUAAGGGCUGGAGGUCAGUGCAGCAGCAGCAGAGUCCAUCUUCCGAGGCAGAGAAGGCAGCAUUUCUUCAGCAGGUCACAUCUGUCAUGGAGGAGGGUGAUGAGGAGGAGGAGGUUAGACUGGAGGUCAGUCAGUCUGGUGGGGUCGAAGAGCCGAGGAUAAGUGGUAUGCAGAGCACUACAGAACUUACAAGCUACAAGAGGAAGUCGAAUGAGGACAGUCUGAGUGGUAGGAAGAGGUCCUGCAGGCUGCAGGAGGGGAACUACAAAGAGUGUUCACCUACUGUGACCAGAAGCACCAUUAGCACAGAGGACGGAGGAGAGGAGCUGCUGUCACCGUCCGACAGACACUGGAAGGCCCGAAGUGAAGAGGAAGUUGAGGAGAAAUAUGAAGCUACAAAGGGUGAGUCAGAGGAGAUCCAGCUGCCUAGCCAGUCGGACAGCAGCGCAGGAGGCAUAGGUGCUUGGGAAAAGGGUGGAGACACAGAUGGAGACACUGUGGUCAAAGUAAAGGUGGGAGAUGAAGAAGGAGAGGAGACAAAGAUGAUGAAGAUUGAGGUGAAAAAGGAGAAUCUAAGCUCAUAUUCACCGAAUUUAGACUCAGUAGCAAAUAAUUCUCCUCCUUCUCUACAAGACUACACUGACAACUUGAAUGCACAACUCAAUGAGGAGAAAAUGGCUGCUGCCUGUCCACCAGAUGUCAAUAUUAGCUUUUUACAACCUCAGUCCUGCAUACAUCUUCAGCCUGAUGCUCAGAAAGAUGAUGGAGAUUUAAGUGGGGAGUCAGAAGCAGGUGAAUGCCUCGACAGCCUGUCAGAACUGGCCUUUUCCUGCUUCCUAAAUCCCAGUGCUGAAAGUGUAAUGGGAGAUCUGGACGAAGAAGACAGUCUCGCUAGCCUCACCGCUGCUGCAACCGCAGCUGCUGCAGCUGCCAGUGACUCCCCUGAAGCUGCUGGAGAUUUGUGUCUCAACUCAGAAGAAGCAAGCACCUCCAAUGCUCAGCCAUCCGAUCCCUCCUCCUCACUUGUUUUCCCUGUCACCUCUGUCCCCUUGCAGCAGCUUCUCCCAACUCAGGGACCUAGUUUCAGUGACACGCUCAUCCUCCAGCCCACCCAGAACUCGUUUGCAGGAUUCCUGAGCGGCAUCACGCCGAGUCUCGGCCUCGAAACCUCUCAGAGCCAACCCUCCAGAGUGGGGAAAAGCACAGGAGCGACGACUUUCCGUCGCAUCGCCCCCAAAGUCCCUCCAGGGUCAGAAGCUGGUACAGAAAGUUCUCCUUUGGAUGAUCGUCCAGCUCUAACCAGAGCCUCAGACGACGUUCUUUCCAAGUGCAAGAAAGCAGCAGCUGAAGACCAUGUACUACUGGUGGAAGGGGAGAAGAAGUAUGCCUGUAAAAUCUGCUGCAAGACCUUCAUGAACCUGACUGACUGUAAAAAGCACAUCAGAGUCCACACAGGGGAAAAGCCUUACCCCUGUCCAAAGUGUGGCAAACGCUUUAGCCAGUCCUCCCACCUGUAUAAACACUCAAAAAACACCUGCCUAAACUGGAAGGAUGAUCAAUCAUUCCCAGACAGCCUGUUGUGACCUGCACAACAGGCUGUCAUCUUCAGAAACAACUCAAACUGUUCUU